AUGAGAAUCCCCCAUGAAGACCCCCAGGAUCCACAGAGACUGAGAGCCCGUCUAUUAAACAAUCUAAAGGCCCUUAUUUUCCGAAGCCAUCGGGACGUGGGGUCAUUGGAAUUGGCGCUCUACAAAGAUGGAGAUAAGCGCAAGCUUCUUGAACUGGAUUUGUCAGACUUCGACGUUCUCGGCAGUGAAGCGCAGAGAUGCGAUUUUACGCAUUUCGUGAAAAACUUCAGUCGUCCAAGCGAGGGACUCGACUUUGAGAGCACGCUUGCGAGCGUACAACUACCUGACAUUUCCCAGGCACGGGACCGAAAAUUGCACCAGGAAGUUAUUGAUUUGCUCACGAAACUAAGGCGCCCUUUCGGCGUUGAGAAAAUCGUUAGCCUCACGGUUUGGGAUAAUCCGUUCCAUCCUAUGAGUGACCUUGUUAUUGCUGAAUCUGUUCGGCUAUACCAAAUUGAAGAAUUGAACUGGUGUAAACUAGAUUUAGACCUUGACGUCCUGAAGAAUCGUGCUACCUCUUUGAGAAAGUUGUGCUUAUACUCGAGCGGAAAUUGGGGCAUCCUCUACCACUGGCUUAGCCCAGAAGGACUGGCAUCUACUGAGCACUUUCGCAAUGGAGACAGAGCCAGCGAUGCCCACCUUACUAGAUUGGAACAUCUUGCAGAGAGAACCAGGAGAAUAUAUGGCCGGUCCGGGUCCCGGAGUAUCAAAUUCGUGGUGACUGUCGAUCUACCACAUCGACUAGAGUCAUCUACAAUACCUGUAGAGAACGAAGGCUCUAGCGACCGAUUCUUCAGGUCGUUCUCUACCAUACACAAGACGCUAGACAGCCCCCAAACGCAAAACCUGAGCCGCUCCUGUCAACCUGCCAAUCGAAUCAAAAUCGCCAUCAUCGACAAUGGAGUCGACAAAUGGCAGACCACUAUCUCCGAGAAUAUAAAGAAAGGAAUCUCCUACAUGAGCAAAACCCAUGGCCACACCCUCCCAUGGUUCACUGCCUCCCACGCACACGGAACGCAUAUGGCUUCGCUCAUCCGCAAAGUGAGCCCCAUAUGUGACUUGUACAUCUAUCGCGUGAACUCGCACCGAGGGGACAUCAAUGCCGAGAACGUCAUCAAGGCUAUUAAAGACGCUAGCAGGGAGAAAGUAGACAUUGUCAAUCUUUCUCUAACUUUCGACAAAAACCCCCCGGGCCUGGAAGAUGCUAUCAACGCCGCUGCUACACGUGAAAAGGACAAGGCACUCUUCUUUUGUGCAACUUCCGACGAGCCACACCAUUCCGGCAAGGUGUACCCCGCGCACUCCCCGAAUACCAUCUCCGUCUCUGCGGCUAAUCGCGGUGGUCGACGGCGUAUGGAGUCAAAAGGUGACGUCGACUUACUGGUGCUCGGUGAGAACAUGGCAGUAGAAGGGCCGACAUACUUCACGAAACCACAAGGCGUGGCGUCCGGGUCAUCAGUUGCCACAGCGCUGGCCUCCGGGAUUGCGUCCGUGCUGCUGGUUUGCGCGAUGCGUGUUUGCGCAAAAGAAGGAGGGGAUUGGGAAGAGUUCAAACGAAGGGAUAAGAUGUUGAUGCUAUUUAAAGAGAUGCAACCGGACGAGAAGCAUAAGUAUAUAGACCCGGCGUUACUAUUUCAGCGGAAGUUGCAGCAGAAUGGGGAGGCUUGGUGGCAUAUUUUUAAUCCGCAGCGGUACCCGUAA